AUGAGGGAACAGAUUCCUGACAUUAAUAUAGAGCCGAAGCAUAUACAAAUCAAAUUGAAGCAUUUGAAAGAAAAGUAUUUGUCUGCAUAUGACAUGAUGAAUACAUCUGGAUUUGGUUGGGAUGAUGAGAAAAAAUGUGUUGUUGUGGAUAGUGACGAAAUACUACAGGAGUGGGUGAAGAAACAUCCCAAUGCAUCUUGCAAACCAAAUAAGCCAUUCCCGUUGUAUCCACGGCUAUGUACGGUGUUUAGGAGAGACCGAGCCACGGGUAGCAUUGCUGAAUCAGCAACAGAUGCAAUUGAAAAUAUGGGUUUGGAAAGUGAGGAUUGUGAGACUUCUGAGAUGCCUCCGCUUUCACCUACCCCAUCUCCUUCUGUUGCUACAUCUAGUGCUUCUCAACCUGUUAGGAAGAGGAAGAGGAGCAGGAAUGAUGGUGAUGCAAAUAUUGUAUCUGUUAUCAGUGAAGGUUGGAAUAAAGCUGUUACUGAAAUGAAGAAAUUAGGUGAAAGUUUUACUUUUAGAGAAGCAAAAGCUAGACUACCUUCUGAGCUUCAGGCCAUAGGUCUCCCAUACGAUCAGGUGUUAAGAAUUUCAAUGAAGUUAGUGAAAAUACCGAUCUAA